AUGGGGAAAACUAUUAGCUGCUCUGUUUUACUAGCUUUAAUAUCUUGCUUUUACUUACUAUUUGCCACUACUUUAGACACAAUAACACCAUCAAAAUCCAUCAUAGACCCUGAUGUUUUAAUCUCCCAGAAUGGUGUUUUCCGAUUGGGAUUCUUCAGCUUGGCUAACUCCAGCAAUUGUUAUAUAGGGAUUCUCUACAAUCAAGUCCCCGUACAAAUUGUUGUAUGGGUAGCAAAUAGAAACAGCCAUCUCAAAGACUCUUUUGGGAUUCUCAACAUAUCAGAUGAUGGCAACCUUGUUGUUUCCAAUGGAAAAGCUGAGGUAAUCUUUAGCCGGAUCGGUGCUGCGAGGGACUCGAAGGUGGCCACACAACAGCUUACACUUCCAUACUCUGGAAACCUUGUCCUUAGUAACGGUGAGGAUGGAGCAAGCAACUUAUGGGAGAGUUUCGAAGAUCCUUCUAAUGCCUUCACUGAAACUAUGAAGAUCAGCACUGAUGUUAAAAAGGGUCGUAAAAUAUACGGUGAAUUAGAUUCUCAAGGAAAAUUCACUGAAUGGAAAUGGGAUGCGGGGAAAGGGAGCUGGAUAAACAAGUAUUCUAGUUAUCAAACAAACUGUGAUGUUUAUGGAUACUGUGGGGGCAUUUGGAAUAUGUGA